UCCAUUCGACAAACUAUCACUCAAACUUAUCAAGAAUCUCCUGAUACUUAUAAAGAAGAAAUCUUAUCAUUGGAUCGAUGUCGACAAGAUGCUUUGAGGGGUAGUGCUGGAAGUGACGUCACAGUAGGGAGGGAUUUACUUUACAAAUACUUUGGUCAACUAGAGUUACUCGAAUUACGAUUUCCGGAAGUGAGAGUGCCUUUUCCUUGGAAAGAUGCAUUCACGGGUAAAGAAAUCUCACAACUAUCUUUGGCAUAUGAAAAGGCAUCUGUGAUCUUCAACAUCGCUGCUACACUAUCUUCACUCGCUGCACAACAGAACCGUACUUCUACUGAGGGUAUCCGACGUGCAUUUCACAACUUCAGAUGUGCAGCUGGAAUGUUUACAUACAUCAAUGACAACUUCCUCCAUGCCCCUUCCACGGAUCUCAGUCGUGAGGUUGUCAAAGUGCUGGUUCAAUUAAUGAUUGCUCAAGCCACGGAAGUUUUUGUAGAGCGUAUGACGGAAGAAAAGGAGAAAAAGCCAUUCGGACUGAGGGCAAGGGUUAGCACUCAGGCGGCAUUUCUCUAUGGUAGUAUUCUCGAAGAUGUAAAGGAUUUGGUCACCAAAGGCAUCUUUGAGCGAAGCUGGAUGUGGUUGUGCAAGCACAAGUAUUUUUCAUCACUGGCACAAUAUCAACGAUCUUUGGCCGACUCUGCAGCAUCCAAACAUGGCGAGGCUCUCACCCGAUUACAAAUCGCCGAGACGGCUGCUAAAGAAGCCAAUCGUUUCGCAAACUCAUUCUCAGCCGCCUUCACAAACUCUGGAUCAGUCACCUUACCAUCCGAUGCUGCCGUCUCUCUAUUGGAGAUCACCAAAACUCACUUGACGCUUUGCACAGAAGCCAGAACUUCUGAGCAACGAGACAAUGACCUGAUCUAUCACGAAGCGCAACCCUCUGAAGCUGCUCUUACUCUGAUCGAAAAAAGUAGUGUUGGUGAACCCAUACCGAUUCAAGAGGUUUAUGGCGCACCAGAGGUCCAAAAGGUGGUUGGACAAGAUAUCUUUAUUCGACUCGUCCCUCUCAGUGUACAUCAAAGCUCGAGUUUAUAUAGUGAAGAGAAAGCAAAACUAGUCCGUACGGAUGGUGAAAAGUGUGACCUGGCAGAUACCGAACUCACCACCACACUCGAGUUUUUGGGACUUCCGGCAAGUUUAGAUAAAUUUAACGACCUGGUUCAAAAUAACGGUGAUUCGGCUCGAUUGAAAGAACUUUCGGAGCCGCCAGAGCAAGUCCUUGCAUGGGCUGAUAGUAUACAGCAAGCUAACUCGGGUAAAACGAUUGAUCAGAUGUGUAGCGACAUGAUCGCCCUACGGAAUAAAACCCAUCGAGACCUUGAGGACAUUGAGCGCACUCUAGAUACAGAAGCGCGAGAUUGUGAACAGAUGCGAGUACGGUACGAUCAUCUUUGGGAUCAACCACCCGCUCUGAAUUUCACGAAGACUUGGAGACAAGAUAUCAAAUCUCACCGACAAACGCUUGAGAUGGCCAAGCAAUCUGAUGGCCAAGUUGAAGGCUUGUGGGCGAUGUCCAAAGCCGACAUUCAGAUGCUCGCUGAUCGAUCGGGGGAGUCCAUCCGCGCUUUAUUUGCCCAAGGUUCUUCUCAACAUGACUCGACUAAGGCUCCCAGUCUACUCGACUUGGUCGAUACUCCAGAUGAUGAAGCUGAGCUGAUUCAAGUCAAGAAUCUUGUGACCUCUAUCCAAGACAAUCUCAAUCGUCUCCAAGCAAUCAAGAAGGAACGACAAGGAGUAUUAAACGAUUUAAAGGAACGCAUCCAAGCCGACGACAUUUCACAACUCUUGAUCCUCAACCGAAAAGUUCAAAACGUCGAACCAGCAUUAUUUUCUGCCGAACUUGAAAAGUUCCGAGCUCAUUCUGGUCGGAUCAGUGCUACUUUACAUAUUCAAACUAGCACGAUUCAAGAAGUUGUAGCACAAUAUAAAGCACUUGUUGAAGGGAAACGUGGCAAAGCAAUUCAAGAUAAUUGGACUAAUGCAUCAAAACAUCGUACUCAACUUCUUGCUCGACUUCAAAGAGCUUAUGAAAAUCAUGAAGAGAUUCGAAGUGGUCUUUCGAAAGGUAGUCAAUUUUAUCGUGAAAUCUCAGAGGCGGUCUCCGAGAUGCAAAGACAAGUUUCUACAUACACGAACAACCGUAACGCAGAACGACUUCAGAUGGCAGCUAAAGCUGAAGCUGCGAAAGAACGGUACUCAAAGCCUUCAACUCCUAGCACUUCGACAGACUUACAUGGAUUGGAACAACGGGUGUCUGGGAUGCAUCUAAACAAUUCUAAAGCCUACCCACCGCCUCUUCCACCUCCACCCCCAGGAUGGCAGACUUCUCAAAACACCGGACCGGUACCAUCGGGUUAUCCUCAACAGGCUAGGCAAGCUAGCACCCCACUUCCUGUCCCACAAUAUCCUCCUCCUCCACCCUCCGAUCCCUACGCAGGACUAGGUUCCCUCGGCCAGACUCAUCCAACCCCAUCUUCCGAACCACAAUACCCAUACAACAACCCCGCGUCUUAUCGCCAACCUAUGAGCAAUUACCCUGCCCCUUCUGCUCCCAAUCAAGCACUACCACCUCCGCCCCCACCCAUCUCCUAUCAAUCUACUGGCAACCUUACGAAUGCCUAUCCACCACAUCUGCCACCCUCACAUCGCCUCAAUGAUCAACCUCAAUACUAUCCUUCACCCCCACCGCCGCAACCUUAUCAACCUCCACCACCUCAACAUUCCCAAUCCUACCCUUGGCCGCCCAAUCAAAGCCCCAUUCAUCCACAACACACGUCACAGCGUCCAUCACCAGCCCCACCAUCAUCUCAACAUCCAGCUUACCCUUCUACGAGUCCUUCACAUUAUCCACCGCCUCAUGGAGCUCCAUACGCUCCUCAACCAGGAUGGCAAGGAGUACCACCACCACCACCGCCACAGGGUGGACGACCACAUGAACACUAUCUACCUCCUAUGAAUCAAGCUCCCUAUCCAAACCAACCUCCUAGGAAUCCUUAUUAA